AAGCCACAUUAUAGAGUUAUUUGAUAAAAAGGGAGAAAACUCUGCGCCAUACCCAGUAUUGUAAAUAAUGUGAUCUGUUAAAAUAUUAAUACAAAUAUUUUCUGCUGUGUUGGUGUUCAAUACGUCUAUCGUCCAACAUUAACCUAUCACUAUUAUCAAUGUGUAUUCAAUCUUUUGUAGAUGACGAAGAAGUAAAGGGGAGCAGAAAAUUGCACAAUAAUCAUCACAGUUUGCAAAAUCCCACUCUUUUGGAUUGGAAUGAGGACGACAAGUCGUUCGUGCCAACGAAGGCUAGUGAAACAGUUGAAAAUAAAAUAAAAAAACAAAACUUCGUUACAGUUGUUGGGAAUUCGGGAUCCGGAAAGUCAGCCAUUAUACAACACAUUGCCCUGAAAUACAAGCGACAGGGUUGGGAUGUUAUUCCUGUUGACGACGUCAAGGAAAUAAAAGAAGCCUGCUCUACUGGACUUUCUAAGAAACUGUUUGUGUUUCACGAUCCGAUUGGAAAAGAGUCUCUCAUUGAUUUUGAAUAUGAAAAAUGGAAAAGAUAUGAGACGAAAUUGAAAACUUAUCUGAAAGAAGUAAAAAUUCUUUUGUCGUGUAGAUUGUGUGUGUUUCACGAUGAAAGAUUGAAAGGAAUAAUGAAGGGGAUCAAUAAUUCAAUAAGAAUAGAUGAUGAUGCAUGUAAGCUCUCCAGAUACGAAAAACGAAAGAUACUGCAUCAGUAUACAGAAAGUGUCAAGUUUACAGAAGACGAGACAGAGGAAAUAAUAAAAUCAGAUGCUUACUUUCCAUUACUUUGCAAAUUAUUUUCCAGUGAAUCGAGAUAUGAGGAAAGAGGAGUUAGUUUUUUCAAGAAUCCAUUUGAGGUAGUGAGAGAAGAAAUUGAAAUUUAUCAGCACAGUGAAAGAGCUAACGAGAAAUCAAAGUACUGCUCUCUAAUUUUCCUUGUUGUUUUCAACAACGAUGUAAACGUAAAUGAUAUGGAGGAUUCUCCUAUCUCGAAUUUUCCAGAUGAAAAAUAUAAAGACGUUCUUAGAAUGAGUGGUCUUCCCGACAACACACCAAUCACAAGCGUGAUUACAGGUUUUGAAUCACUGAAAGGGUCUUUUGUAAGGUGUGUGGGUAAUACAUAUGAAUUCCUACAUGAUUUUCUUCAGGAGAUAACCACGGUUGUUGUUGGAGCUAGAUUUCCCAAACAAACAAUCAAAUACGCAGACAGCGGCUUCCUACGACGAAGAGUGAAAAUAGAAGAUAGCAAACAAGAGCUUGACGCUUUCACUGUUUACUUGCCUGACAGAUACACAGAUAAUCUUGUGCAAAGGUUUCUGUUGGAUAUACAGACAGAAAAUGUGCUUGAUGUUGUCCUUAAUCCAUGUUUGCGAAACAAAGAGGUAAUCGUUUCCUUCAUAAAACACUUAGAAAAGGAAAAUUAUAUUUCACCCAAUCUAAAACGUAAACAUGUACUUGUGAAAGUCGAUGAAGAUGAAUUUGGAAAGGUAAAGGAAAACAACAUAAUCUCAAGAAUUGGGUUUUUUUUAACUCAGGAGAAGGUAACUCCGCUAAGUGCUCUAAUUAUAUUUUGCCAUGAUGAGAUAGCAUUAUCCUGCUUGAAGAACUACGCACUAUCUGAUGAAUUUUCAACGUUUGCUUCCAUAUGCGCCAAUGGAAAUACGGCGUUAUAUGAAGUUUAUUUACAAACGUAUGGUGUUGAAUUCUCGAAUGUGGUAUGGGGAGGAUUUUAUGCCUUACACAUAGCAUCAUUGUUUCAUAACUUUGAAAUGACUCAAACAUUAAUUCAUCAUACCGAGAGCAUAAAUAUGUUUGACGAUCACGGUUUAACAUCAUUGAUGUGUGCAGUACUAAAUGAUGGAGAUGCCGAUUCAUUACCUACAAAUGAUUCCCUAGCCACAAUUGAGUGUUUACUAUCCAAUGGCGCCGAUAUUAAUUUAUGUAACAAUGAUGGAACCAGUUCUCUAUAUAUAGCGUGUCAAAAUGGACAUGACAGCACGGUACAACUGUUACUGAACAAUGGCGCCGAUAUUAAUUUAUGUGAGAAGAAUGGAGCCAGUCCUCUACAUAUAGCGUGUCAAAAUGGACAUGACAGCACGGUACAACUGUUACUGAACAAUGGCGCCGAUAUUAAUUUAUGUUACAAUGAUGGAAGCAGUUCUCUAUAUAUAGCGUGUCAAAAUGGACAUGACAGCACGGUACAACUGUUACUGAACAAUGGCGCUGAUAUUAAUUUAUGUAAAAAGAAUGGAGUCAGUCCUCUAUAUAUAGCGUGUGAAAAUGGACAUGCCAGCGCGGUACAACUGUUACUGAACAAUGGCGCCGAUAUUAAUUUAUGUGACAAUGAUGGAACCAGUUCUCUAUAUAUAGCGUGUCAAAAUGGACAUGACAGCACGGUACAACUGUUACUGAACAAUGGCGCCGAUAUUAAUUUAUGUAACAAUGAUGGAGUCAGUCCUCUAUAUAUAGCGUGUCAAAAUGGACAUGACAGCACGGUACAACUGUUACUGAACAAUGGCGCCGAUAUUAAUUUAUGUGAGAAGAAUGGAGCCAGUCCUCUACAUAUAGCGUGUCAAAAUGGACAUGACAGCACGGUACAACUGUUACUGAACAAUGGCGCCGAUAUUAAUUUAUGUUACAAUGAUGGAAGCAGUUCUCUAUAUAUAGCGUGUCAAAAUGGACAUGACAGCACGGUACAACUGUUACUGAACAAUGGCGCUGAUAUUAAUUUAUGUAAAAAGAAUGGAGUCAGUCCUCUAUAUAUAGCGUGUGAAAAUGGACAUGCCAGCGCGGUACAACUGUUACUGAACAAUGGCGCCGAUAUUAAUUUAUGUGACAAUGAUGGAACCAGUUCUCUAUAUAUAGCGUGUCAAAAUGGACAUGACAGCACGGUACAACUGUUACUGAACAAUGGCGCCGAUAUUAAUUUAUGUAACAAUGAUGGAGUCAGUCCUCUAUAUAUAGCGUGUCAAAAUGGACAUGACAGCACGGUACAACUGUUACUGAACAAUGGCGCCGAUAUUAAUUUAUGUGAGAAGAAUGGAGCCAGUCCUCUACAUAUAGCGUGUCAAAAUGGACAUGACAGCACGGUACAAAUGUUACUGAACAAUGGCGCCGAUAUCAAUUUAUGUAUGAAGAAUGGAGCCAGUCCUCUCCAUGUACCUUGUUAUGAUGGACAUGACAGCACGGUACAACUGUUACUGAACAAUGGCGCCGAUAUUAAUUUAUGUAAAAAGAAUGGAGUCAGUCCUCUAUAUAUAGCGUGUCAAAAUGGACAUGACAGCACGGUACAAAUGUUACUGAACAAUGGCGCCGAUAUCAAUUUAUGUAUGAAGAAUGGAGCCAGUCCUCUAUAUAUAGCGUGUCAAAAUGGACAUGACAGCACGGUACAACUGUUACUGAACAAUGGCGCCGAUAUUAAUUUAUGUGAGAAGAAUGGAGCCAGUCCUCUCCAUGCACCUUGUUAUGAUGGACAUGACAGCACGGUACAACUGUUACUGAACAAUGGCGCCGAUAUUAAUUUAUGUGACAAUGAUGGAACCAGUUCUCUAUAUAUAGCGUGUGAAAAUGGACAUGACAGCACGGUACAACUGUUACUGAACAAUGGCGCUGAUAUUAAUUUAUGUGAGAAGAAUGGAGCCAGUCCUCUCCAUGCACCUUGUUAUGAUGGACAUGACAGCACGGUACAACUGUUACUGAACAAUGGCGCCGAUAUUAAUUUAUGUAACAAUGAUGGAACCAGUUCUCUAUAUAUAGCGUGUCAAAAUGGACAUGACAGCACGGUACAACUGUUACUGAACAAUGGCGCUGAUAUUAAUUUAUGUAAAAAGAAUGGAGUCAGUCCUCUAUAUAUAGCGUGUGAAAAUGGACAUGCCAGCGCGGUACAACUGUUACUGAACAAUGGCGCCGAUAUUAAUUUAUGUGACAAUGAUGGAACCAGUUCUCUAUAUAUAGCGUGUCAAAAUGGACAUGACAGCACGGUACAACUGUUACUGAACAAUGGCGCCGAUAUUAAUUUAUGUGAGAAGAAUGGAGCCAGUCCUCUACAUAUAGCGUGUCGAAAUGGACAUGACAGCACGGUACAACUGUUACUGAACAAUGGCGCCGAUAUUAAUUUAUGUGACAAUGAUGGAACCAGUUCUCUAUAUAUAGCGUGUCAAAAUGGACAUGACAGCACGGUACAACUGUUACUGAACAAUGGCGCCGAUAUUAAUUUAUGUGAGAAGAAUGGAGCCAGUCCUCUACAUAUAGCGUGUCAAAAUGGACAUGACAGCACGGUACAAAUGUUACUGAACAAUGGCGCCGAUAUCAAUUUAUGUAUGAAGAAUGGAGCCAGUCCUCUAUAUAUAGCGUGUCAAAAUGGACAUGACAGCACGGUACAACUGUUACUGAACAAUGGCGCCGAUAUUAAUUUAUGUAAAAAGAAUGGAGUCAGUCCUCUAUAUAUAGCGUGUGAAAAUGGACAUGACAGCACGGUACAACUGUUACUGAACAAUGGCGCCGAUAUUAAUUUAUGUGACAAUGAUGGAACCAGUUCUCUAUAUAUAGCGUGUGAAAAUGGACAUGACAGCACGGUACAACUGUUACUGAACAAUGGCGCCGAUAUUAAUUUAUGUGACAAUGAUGGAACCAGUUCUCUAUAUUUAGCGUGUCAAAAUGGACAUGACAGCACGGUACAACUGUUACUGAACAAUGGCGCCGAUAUUAAUUUAUGUGACAAUGAUGGAACCAGUUCUCUAUAUAUAGCGUGUCAAAAUGGACAUGACAGCACGGUACAACUGUUACUGAACAAUGGCGCUGAUAUUAAUUUAUGUAAAAAGAAUGGAGUCAGUCCUCUAUAUAUAGCGUGUGAAAAUGGACAUGCCAGCGCGGUACAACUGUUACUGAACAAUGGCGCCGAUAUUAAUUUAUGUGACAAUGAUGGAACCAGUUCUCUAUAUAUAGCGUGUCAAAAUGGACAUGACAGCACGGUACAACUGUUACUGAACAAUGGCGCCGAUAUUAAUUUAUGUAACAAUGAUGGAGUCAGUCCUCUAUAUAUAGCGUGUCAAAAUGGACAUGACAGCACGGUACAACUGUUACUGAACAAUGGCGCCGAUAUUAAUUUAUGUGAGAAGAAUGGAGCCAGUCCUCUACAUAUAGCGUGUCAAAAUGGACAUGACAGCACGGUACAACUGUUACUGAACAAUGGCGCCGAUAUCAAUUUAUGUAUGAAGAAUGGAGCCAGUCCUCUAUAUAUAGCGUGUCAAAAUGGACAUGACAGCACGGUACAACUGUUACUGAACAAUGGCGCCGAUAUUAAUUUAUGUGAGAAGAAUGGAGCCAGUCCUCUCCAUGCACCUUGUUAUGAUGGACAUGACAGCACGGUACAACUGUUACUGAACAAUGGCGCCGAUAUUAAUUUAUGUAAUGAGAAUGGAGCCAGUCCCCUAUAUAUAGCGUGUCAAAAUGGACUUGAUAGCACAGUACAACUGUUACUGAACAAUGGCGCCGAUAUUAAUUUAUGUAAUGAGAAUGGAGCCAGUCCUCUAUAUAUAGCGUGUCAAAAUGGACAUGACAGGACAGUACAACUGUUAAUUAACAAUGGCGCAGACAUUAAUUUAAGUUUAAAUAAUGGAGCCAGUCUUCUGUAUAUAGCUCGUCAAAAUGGGCAUGACAACAUCGUACAACUGUUGCUGAACAAUGGCGCCGAUAUUAAUGUAUUUGGCAUUGAUGGAAAUAAUCCACUACAUGCAUGAUGGUGAUGUGGACAAGUAAAGACGACAAUGCAUUUACUUUUCUCUAAAAAGAUGACUAAUUAAAAUAGUGACGAUGGAAUCACGGAAUAAAAUUCAUGGAAACUUUUCAUUUGUAGAAACUACUUUUCAGAUCGUGUCUACGAUUUUCUACAUGUUAGAAACUAUUUAUGUUACAUGUUACAUUAUUUUUUGUAAACUGGAGUGAUUGUGCCUGUAGGUAUUCGAUUUCAGUCGCCAAAUAAUAAAGCAAUUGUUGCCUCUCUCUCUCUCUCUCUCUCUUUCUCUCUCUUAUUCCGUGAUGCUAAAAGUUCACGAUCUGCCACAAGGGUAUCACUUACGGAGCACCACGCACGGAGAUUCUUAUGUCACAUUAUAGGAAAAUCAUGAAUAUAAUACAAUAGGCUGAUUUGUGCAAACCUUCUAUCAAACACUAUUUUAGUAUUGUAAAUGAUUAACAUUUACUUUCAUGCAUCAAACAUUUUCGAAUCUUGGUUAUUUCAGGAAUAUUUUCUCGUGCUGGGCGAUUUUCUAUGGAAUUCUAUCGCUGCCAUACAUGUAUGCUACAUCAUACUACCGCCGUAAUGAUACGAUGUAGUUCAAGAUAGCAAUAGGAUCCCAUAAGUUUCUUAAUCUUAAGAUGCAUUGUAUAGAAAUGUACUGCACUUCACAUGUCAUGUCUUUUUAACAUUGUCAGUAUGCAAGAAAUAAUGUACAGUACAUGUGCAGUAUAUGAAUUUCAUAUUCAUGCAUUAAAAAAGGUUUAAUAUUCAAAUCCAUGUAUUGCUUAUCAAUUUUGCGAAAAGCUGUUGUGCAUUAUUGUUAUAUAUUACAAGUUGUAUAAAAGAAUUAGUCCACAUGCUUCAAAUCAUUGUUGUUUCUGCAUUUAUGUGUUACACGUAUGAAUCUGUAUAGUGAGUAUAAUUCAGGUUGUGAUAGUUUAGUACCGUAAACCACUGCCCAGCUGUCGGACUGUAAAGGGGAGACUACUCUGCUUUACUUCUAGGGAUUUGUAGUUACUUGUUGAAUCAUCCAUCCAUUACAUUUAAGCUAUGUCCAUGUGAGAAGAUAUUCGUUGAUGUUUUGCCUUCUUUCUGCUGUUUAUGAUUAUACAUAUAUUAUAUACAUGCACAUGUGAAUAUUGUAAAAGUGGCAUAUAUGUUAUGGUUAUGUAAUUUAUAAUUAAAUCAAUCAAUUUA